CUUUGAUGUUUGAAGAUACAAGUUUUUUCUUUCUUUGGUGAAGUAAGGAAACUCCAGUUUUUUGAAACAGAAUAAGUUGUCCCCAUAAUUUUCUAAGCCCCUCGCAAAACGCGUCUUUUGCCCUUCAACUCCAUACAACUGUUAGUUUUUACUGUCUUGAUUCGAUUUUUCACUAUAACUCUAUCGAAAACUCUUAGUUCCAUAUUCUACAGAUAGCCUUUUCCUUGACAAGAAGCAACAAAACAAACAACAAGAUGUCAGUGCUGUCUUCGGAGGGAGAAAAAAUCGCAAGCUCUGUGGACGACGUGAGCAUUGCCGUACCAGAUCGCACGGUUUCAGAUUCCGCCGACGGUGGCCAGCCAGCUGCGGAGGCUGCUGAGUGCUCAGCCAUCCUAGCCCCCGAGGAGGCCAGUAUUAUCGUGAAGAGCAUGUCCCGUGAGAAUUUGAGCACCGAGGUCCAAGAGAUCCGGGAGAGCUCGCCUUUGGGCAAGAUCCACGUGGAAAAAGCCCUGAAACGAUUCAAAGAGUUGUUCUAUGGGACGACGGGUUCUCAAGAAGAUGAAAACGCCGAAACUUCCGCAGAGAUGAAGAACAACCGUGGAGAGGAAAACCGAAAAAUCGAUUGCGCUGCCUUCUGUAAGCUCUACCGUGAAUUGUUGAAAGCUUCCUUUUCCGAUGUUGUUGUGGAAGUCGAUGCAGAAGGUAAAAAUGAAGACUCGAAGCGCGUCUUUCGUGUCCUGGACAAGGACAAGAACGGAGAGUUGGACGCUAUGGAGUUGUGCACUGGACUCUCCAUGUUCUGCGCUGGCACACCAGAAGAGAAAAUCAAAGCGGUACUUGUAGUUUGCAUUCGAGCUUCUUAGUUCAACUGGUGGGAGGUUGUAUACAUGAUACACGUCGACAAGAAGAUGAGCUUGUUUUUCAGUCUUGAGUUUCUUGUGCUUAUCAUGUACCCUCAUGUAACUAAAAAAAUCAAAAUUGCGGAUUGAUCAUGAUAGAUAAUAAGUCUAUGUCUAUCCUCUCCCUCUUCCGCUUUCUGUCACAGGUAUUCGAUUUCGUAGAUGAGAAUGGCGAUGGCGUCGUUUCUCGAGCAGAAAUGUUUGCCUUCUUGUACUCUUAUUUCGUGGUCAUUGUGACACCGGAAAUGCUCGAGAAGCUGAAUGGUGCUUUGAAGUGCUUGACCGAGACUUCUAGUUUGCAGGAGCAUCAAGAAGAGAAUGAGGAGGAGGAAAAACAAAAAGGAGAAAAGAACCACGAGCAAAAACAAAAAGAAGAAUCUCAAUCUCCAACUUCAGAAGUCGACAACGAAGAGCAACCGAGCAGUGCUACAGGAGAUGUAGAAGAAGUAAAAGAGCAGCAAGUUCUUCAGCCCUACACAGUGGAGGGAUUGGCACGGGAGACGAUGGACAGCUGUUUCGCUCAAGCCGAAGUCGAUGCGGAAGGCAAUUUGAGUGUGGAAGAGUUCACUCGCUGGUUCCUCGCUAUGCAGGCUGGUAUUGAUCAAGCCGCAGAAGAAGGGGAGAAGGCAGUAGAAGAAGGACAGAACUAGAAGGAAGAAGGGAUCGAGAAUUACAAGACGAACACGAAGAGAGAAAAUAAUGAAUAUUGUGGUUUAUACUUAUUAGUUGAAGCUUUCAAUUGACUCUCUCGUGCAUGGUAGAGAGAAGAAAGGAAUAAUUCUUUUCGUUGAAGAAGGUCAUCUUUUACAACGAACCCAGAAACUGAAAGUACAGCAGGUUUUCUUACAGCGUGGUCCUUCUGGAAUAGUAUAUCGUGAUUCAUAGUAUGUAGUCGUCUUAGUAUUGUACGAGAGAAUUAUGAGAAAGUAUUUCUUUAUUUUGAAAGUUCUAUCUAGUUGUCAUGACUCUUGCACUAAGUAAGGAGAAAGUCUGUCAGCACAUUCAAAGUAUGGCCAUUUCUUGGUAGAGUUUGGUCAUUCAUCAUCAUCGCUUUGUUCAAAGUAUUGCGUCCUAUCAUAGAUUCAUUUAUUCUCUACUGAAGUCACCUAUUUAUUAUCCAAAUCUGCGUUGGUAAUCCUUUUGACCCCCAAAGCUGGGUAGACUCUCUCGGGCAUCUUCCCUAACGUCACCUGAUAUCUUCUUACCCCCACGCGUUUACCAUACUGUAUUGUGUGUUGUAGACGGUCUUUUCAGUGGGUCCUGAUCCUUGGGACGUGGCACACUCAUGUAUAGGAUUCCCCUCCUAUUACUAUGCGGUGGUGAAAAAACUUUAUCGAAGAUCGUGAGCAUUUGUUGCCUCUUCAUGGUUUUUUGAUUCUGAACAUUGCAACAACUAGCACGACAUGAAUCAUCCCUGUGACAAGAAGAAAAUACUUCUUAUGCAGAG